GUUUUUCUGUUUAUCGAUUUAGAAAUUUUAAAUCCAUUCAUAGAAAAAAAAAUUGAGGGGCUCAAUGAAAAGAGGUUUUAAGAGGUGGUUCAAAUCUGUGAGAAGGAAUGGGGACGUUAUAUGUGGAGGGGGAUUGUUAAUAUAUAAUGAUGGGAAAUGCUUUGCACGUGACUUACAAGUAUAUUCACUCACUCUAUACCGUCGUUUUUUUUCACGACUAAGUCCUUAAAAAACAUCAUUUUACUAUGUCCAAGAAGAUAAUAUGUUUAUUUGAUGUCGAUGGCACACUUACUUCUCCUAGACAGCCAAUUAAAUCAAAUGUGGAGAAAUUCCUAUUAGAAACACUUCGCAAGGAAUUUGAUAUAGCUGUGAUUGGAGGAUCCGAUCUAGUCAAACUAAAGGAACAGUUAGGUGGUGGAAGUAUAUUUGAGAAGUAUAAAUAUGUUUUUGCAGAAAAUGGACUUAUUGCAUAUAAGGAUGGUAAAAAAUUACCGACUGAGACAAUUCAAAGUAUUAUUGGUGAAGAUGCAUUACAAGACUUCAUAAACUUUUGUUUGAAGUACAUAUCUGAAUUGCACUUACCAUUUAAAAGAGGAACUUUUAUAGAAUUCAGAUCAGGAAUGCUAAAUGUAUCACCAGUUGGUCGUAACUGUACUCCAGAGGAACGUAUUCAAUUUUAUGAAUAUGACAAUGAGAAUCAAGUUCGUCAAAAAUUUAUUCAAACACUUAAGAAAGAAUUUCCAGAUUUGGCUUUAACAUACAGUAUUGGAGGUCAAAUAUCUUUUGAUGUAUUUCCUGUUGGCUGGGAUAAAACGUACUGCCUUAGAUACAUUCAGGGUUACGAUGAAAUACAUUUCUUCGGUGAUAAGACAGCAGAAGGUGGUAAUGAUUAUGAAAUUUAUGAGAGCGAUUUAACGAUCGGACAUCGUGUGACUUGUCCAGAGGAUACAAUUAAUCAACUUAAUGUUCUUAUGGCACUUGUCAAAGAAAACAAAGAAAAAGAACAAUUAGCCGUUCCUAUGCAAUGUGCAUAACGUGUCAAAUAUUCAUUGUAUAGAAUGUUUUAUCCAAGGAUCAUAAGGUAUUUUAUAUGAUACAUCAUUUGAUUUUAAACGUUAUAUUCGUACACAUUCCAAUCACAAUAUACACUUGUCAUUGUCAAACAAAGACUUUACAAAUGAUCAUAAAUUUUGGAAGUAAAAUAAAUGGUAAAUUUAUGUUUCCUAGAAUUUUUCUUCAACUAAUAAAAGAGUAACUGCACUGUUCUAUACUUCGCUGAACAAGGGAAAAGAGUCUUAUUUUGACAUUGGUGCAAUAUUUGAGACAGUUUCAAAUGAUGCUUUAUUAAUGUUGUACAAAGAAAUAUAAAAUAAAAAUGUAUUAUUAUUAUUAUUAUUAUUAUUAUUAUUAUUAUUAUUCUAUUAUGAAUUAAACUUGUGUAGGUGACAGGAAAAUAGAC